UUCACGGUCGGACCGUGAAGUUUGUUUUGCUCUGGAUCUGCAGUAAAGGAAUUGUUUAAACAAGAAACAACAUUUAAUAGAAUAAAGAGCAGACAGAGGUUUAAUAUGACAUGGAGGGCGAAAACGAGCUUUCGGACUUUCGAAAGCGGUGGAAACAGGAAUUGGAGAAGAAGACUGGGUUAAGAAGCGCCAGCAGUAAAGCGGAAGUGAAUAAUGAGCGGAGAAGAGGCCGUGCUGGAGAAGCCGGAGAUGCUGAAGGCUCUGAGCGGCUGGAGGACGGCGGUGAAGCUCCUCAGCCUCAGUGCGUGUCCAUCGCAGAGGGUUUGCUGGAUGGAAGAAGCAGCCCCCUGCUGGCCAGGAUGGAGGAGGAGAGAAUGCGGAGGAAGCGGCGCUGUGAGCGGGGAGAAGAACCGCAGCAGCUCUCGGCUCCACACGCUCAGAGUGACCGGAGAGCGCGGCUUACGCUCCUCGACCAGUUUAUUCACGAUCUGAACGAGGUGAAUGACAUCCCCUUCUUCGACAUUGAGCUGCCGUAUGAACUGGCUCUGAAGAUUUUCCAGUUCCUGAACAAAGCUGAUCUGGGACGAUGCGCUCAGGUGAGUAAAUCAUGGAGAGUGUUAGCGGAGGACGAGGUCCUGUGGUACAGGUUGUUCCUUGAAGAGGGGUAUCACAAAGGGGCAAGUGUUUCUGACUCCCCCUGCUGGAAAAGCACCCUGAGAGACUGCUUUAACACGGAGAAAACCGUCAAGUACAACUGGAAGAAUCGAGUCGGGUCGAUCAGCCAUCUGCAGUAUGAACUCGGGAAAGUGUUGUGUGACGUCAGUUCCUGUGAUCGACUCAUCAUUGCUGGGUAUACAUCAGGUGAUGCACGACUAUGGGACACUGUCCACUGGGACUCGGGUGCGGUGAAUCUGCACCCUGCCUACAGUAUGAGAUCUGAGACCCCAUCGCCACAUGUUUGUCUGGUACGAGUCACUGAUGCAGUAGCCUGCGCAGCCUAUGAGAAUGGGCGUGUGGAUGUUUGGAGCACUGAAUCAGGUGGCGAGCCCGUACAUUUUUAUCAGCACCUGCAGCGGGUGUGUGCCCUCGAUCUGGGCGCUGAUGCUCCAGUUGUGACCUCUGCGUCUGGGUCGGUGAUCCGAGUGGACACUCCGGAUGAUCGGGGCUACUGGAGGACCGUGUGUCUCAACCAGUUGGCUAAACCUGUGGACGGAGUGUUGGUGGUCCCAGGAAAGCGGGAGAGCCCACUGGUUUCAGCCUGGGCUGAUGAGAGUGUGUAUCUGCUGGAUCCGAGUGAGACAGACGAACACCAUGAGGAGAAGGAAGGAGUCCGAGUGCUUCACUCUGUGUAUGGCCAACCCGUUACCUGCCUGGAUGUGAGCGCAUGCCGAGCUGCCGUGGGAGUGAAGAGCUGCGGCUGGGGCAUGAACGAUGGAGGGAAUAAGGUUCGGGUGUACAGCCUGGAGACUGGCCAAGCUGAACUGGUGUUGGGGAACUCGGCUGGAGACUUCACCUGCAUCAGCCUGAGAGAUGCCCCCCUACAUCUAAUGGUGUGUGGGAACAAAGACAGGCGGGUGCGAGUGUUUGACCUGCGUUCCGGUUCCUCGGUGAUAUCGCUCUAUGCCCAUCACAUGGGCGUGACCACGGUGCAGGCGGACGAUUGGAAGAUCGUGAGCGGCGGCGGAGAGGGAUUGGUGUGCGUGUGGGAAAUGAGGAUGGGGUCGAAACUCUGGGAGAUGCACAACAGGCACCCAGUCCGUCACAUACGGUUUAACAGCAGCACCCUGGUGACGGCCAACAUCCCCGAUGAAAAGAACCCACGUGGAGCGUGCAUCACUGACGAUGACCUCACUGCUCACCGCAGACACCGAGGGGCGAUCUGCUACUACGAUUUCUCCAUGGAUUCCUCCUCCCAGGACAACGUGCUGCCUAUCUGCAGGUCCGACUACACCGAGACGAGCGGCUACAACUACAACAUCGGCCUGGCCACGCCUUACGACGCGCUCGCCGAGCCUCAGAACUCAGGUCUCUGACCCACAAUGCACCUGGGCAAGAUCCACAAGAGCCUGGAAGAUUCUUUACAGCUUUCUCUGCUUAAAAUCUUUCGGACUUUAUAAUCCGAAAAUACCUUUUUAAAUACUUUUUUUUUUUAAACUAUUUUCUUGAUUUAAUAUUUUGUAUUAAUUUUAUUUCAUUUUUGUAUUAAUUAUGUUUCAUAGUAUACGGUGUUCUUUCAACGUGAGGUCGUUCACUUUAAUUUUAAAAUCUUGAUUGCUUUCCAUGGAAAUGUACAUACUGUAUUUAAUAACCGUAUCAGUCACAUUGUAGAACCGAUUAUGAUCAAAAUGUCUGCUUAUAAAAAGAAGAAAGGACACUUUUGUUUUUAAUCUCAACACUGAUAAACGCUGUUGAAACGUUUUCCUUUGAGCUGUUAUUUACAUUAAACAGUAGGUGUGGAAACAUGAGUAAAUUUGAUAAAAGAUGCCGGAGAACAGGACUGCCGAUUGUGCGAAACUCAAACACCUUGAUCCUUUUUUAUUCUUUUUUUUUUUUUUUUUAAAACAGCUCACUGACUCAUUAACUUGGGCGGGGAAACGUAAUGAGAGAGGAAUAUUAACAGCCUGUUUGUUUUUUUUGUUUUUCUUCCCACACACUGGGAACACUAACACUGUGGCGUGCUUGUUGAAUUUUUAAUGAACGCUUAAAGCAAUGAUUCGGUGAAAAUCCUGGCUCAGUGUUGUCUGAUGCUUGGUUAUUUAAUUUUGCACUGGAACUCUGAAUCUAGGGCGGCAUGGUGGUGUAGUGGUUAGCGCUGUCGCCUCACAGCAAGAAGGUCCUGGUUUCGAGCCCCGUGGCCGGCGAGGGCCUUUCUGUGCGGAGUUUGCAUGUUCUCCCCGUGUCCGCGUGGGUUUCCUCCGGGUGCUCCGG